AUUGGGCCAAUUAAAAAAGGGAAAGCGCCUGUCCCGAGUCCCCUGGGAGGGCGGUGGGGCUGGACCAGGUCGAGGCGGGAGCAGGACUCCUGGGUUCCUUGGGAGAGGUGUGGUGGGUGCGACUGUUGCAUGAUCUCAAUCUUGCCUUGGGGCUGGGCAGAGCUCGCAGGAAGGCUCCGAUCUUCAGAGAGCAACAGCCGGCGGCAAGAUGAAGCAAGAAAACAUUUUCCUCUUCGUCCCCAACCUCAUUGGUUAUGCUCGCAUAAUCUUUGCUUUUGUCGCUUUCUAUUUUAUGCCAACUUCCCACGUGACGGCAUCGUUCUUCUACCUGCUUAGUGGGUUCCUUGACGCCUUUGACGGCCAUGCGGCCCGGGCCCUUAACCAAGGUACCCGCUUUGGCGCCAUGCUGGAUAUGUUGACCGACCGCUGUGCCACCAUGUGCUUGUUAGUGAACUUGGCGAUGCUCUACCCUGAAUCUGCCCUCUGGUUCCAACUCAGCAUGACCCUUGAUAUCGCCUCUCAUUGGCUCCACCUCCACAGCACUGUGGUAAAAGGUGCCGAGAGCCACAAAAGCAUUGACUUGUCAGGGAACCGGAUCCUGCGGGUGUAUUACAGCUCCCGGCCUGUACUCUUCAUUAUGUGUGCUGGUAAUGAACUCUUCUACUGCAUGCUGUAUUUGCUAUGUUUCGGAGAAGGACCGCAAAUCCCGUUCCACAGUCCAUUCCUGCCCGGACAUCUCGGUCUCUACCGCCUGGUGCUGUGGGUUUCUGCCCCCAUUGCCGUCACCAAGAGUCUCAUCAGCCUAGUCCACUUGGUCUGUGCCUCAUGCAACAUGGCUGCUCUAGACGCUGCUGAGCGUGCGAAGCGGAAGUAGCAUUUCAAGGCUACGUUGGAGGGGCAAAGGGCAUUACUUCCCCCACACGUUUCCAGCAGGAUCAACUGCCAACCCUCACUUUGUGCUGGGAUGGGGAUUUGCCUCAGAUUAGCCAACUCCAGUUGUAUAGUUCUUGCUUGCUCUGACGACCCCACCCUGCCGUGAUACUUUGUGGUCUCUGUGGGAUGAUGGGCACGGUCCUGCUCCUCCUGGCUUCCUCCUUCACUUCCAUAAUGUGUUGCACUGCUUAGGAGCAAGUUGGUUGAUGGGCAGCAAUUUACCUCAACCAAAGGAGGAAUUUAAUCCACUGUUUUGAGGGCAGCUCAAUAGAAUUGUCAUUUUGGGAUUUUCAAGUUCUCUGCCUCAUGCUGCUGGUGUAUUUUGUGGGGAGCAAAAUUCAACCAGAAGAGAAGUCCUGGCCUAGCCUUUCAUUUUAUAGAACUACAUAGGAGUAUUGCUCUGUGGGUGGGUGGAGGCAUCAUUCCAAGAAUUCUCCAAAUAUAUCUGGGCCAGGAUAGAGGGGGAUGAGACCAGCCAUUUAGCAGUCAUUGACUUCUCACCAUAGUAACACCAGUGUUUACCAGAAUCAUCUAUAUCUUUAGGAAGUAGCCUGUUAAGAGGUAACAUUUCAAGGGACCAGAUCCCAUUGUGCAGUAUUGUCACCUCAGGAUUCUCCCUGGCUGUUCAGUUUGACGCUUGUGCAUACAUUUUAACUAAUGGUUGUCAUCCUCCUAUGUGAAUGUUUUGGUAGAAAUGCUUGACCAUAGGCAGCCAUAUGGUAAAACCUCUUUGGAAUCUUGUUCCCAGACUGUUUUCUCCUCACAAAGCUUUGCUUUCAAAGUGUCUGCCACCAUCAGCUGUGUUUGCUGCACACAUCUGUGGGGGUUCUGUAUACUCUGGGGCAGCGGAAGGCAUUCAGGAGCUCAUUUUUGCAUGAGCGGUAUUGAGCUUUAUUCUAGGGACUUGUCUCUUCACAUAACCCUUUCCAUAAUUUUGCCCCCAACUUCAAACUGACCAUAGUUGAAACCAGCUGUUCUCUUUUCUAUAAUCAUGCAUUUUAUACCUUUAAAGGAGUGCAAUGGAACCCUGAUGUGAGGUAAAAUGUGAUAUGAAGUAAAUUUAUCUGAUGUGAGGUAAAAACUUUUGCGUCUGUCCGGCCUACCCUUGUUAUUUUAUUCUUUUUUUCCCAGUAAAGUUUUGCCUGCUCUGAAACUUGCUGGAAGGCAGAGAAACAUUUCCUAUUUAUUUUCGACAAAGUUCUCAGCUCUGCAUAGUUCUCUGAGAUAAUCGGAAGCCUGGACUUGCACAGCUGUCUUCCUCUCCCCUUAAUCAUUUGUUCAUGAACACAAGUUGCCAUAUUAUUUCAUCGUUCCAUUAUUGUCAACGAUGGCUAGGUUUACAAGUUGGACCCACGUAUUCCUGAAGGUUUCCUUUUCACCUCCCCACAAAAUCCAGCUCUUCAUAUUGGCACUUGGAGAUGACGAGGUAGAAGAGACAGAGGAAAGAGAUGGGGGUGAGAGGAAUUUAGAAGUGUAACAUUUAGAACCUGGUGGCAUUAAAGAUGUGACUGGUGUAGGAACCAAAUUUGGGUAACAGGUAACCGUCCCCAUGUCAUCACAUAUUGAGCCAAACUGUAGAGUUAUCUUUGCCAUGUAUCUUCCUCAGCUAAAGAUGGGGUGGGGCACACAAAUUGAGGUGAUUAUUCUUCCUGGCCUCCCUGGAAUAUCCCACACUGUCUCUUGCAGGAUUGGGAUCAGUGUUACCUUACCAGGCCCUCUCCUACCUUCAUAAUGUUACUGCCACACCUCAACCCCCAAUUGUGCAUAAUUUGUAUGUAGGUUUUGAAAAAAUAUAACUUUGGUGCAAUAAGAGGCCUCUCUCGAUAAAACGAGAGUUGCUUAAUAAAGACCAUCUGUGUGACCAUG